GCGCGCGCGCGCCCCCGCCGGGCCUGCGCCGUGCGUGAGGCGGGGGAGGCGGCGCGCGCAGCCUCGGCAGCGCCUCUGAGGAGCCGCCGCGAGCCCCGGGGGAGAACCGGGAAGGGCCGGCGAGAACCGGGGCCCAUCGAGCCGAGCGGAGCCGGGCGGACCCGCGGGGUUAUGAGGGCGGGCGCCGCCGCCUCCCCGUGAGGAGCCGCGGGCGCGGGGAGCGCGCGAGGCCGCCCCGCCACAGGAAGCCAUUUUGUGGGCCCCCUCCUCCUCCUCCUCGCUCUCGUCCUCUUCCUCCUCCUCCUCGUCCUCCGCCGUCGCCGCCGCCCUCGGGAGCGGCCGGGCCCGGUGAAGGAGGCGGCGAGGAGGGGCGGCGGCGGCCGCCGCGCCCUCCCCCAUGGCGAAGAAAACCUACGACCUGCUCUUCAAGCUGCUGCUGAUCGGGGACUCGGGGGUCGGCAAGACCUGCGUCCUCUUCCGCUUCUCCGACGAUGCCUUCAACACCACCUUCAUCUCCACCAUUGGGAUAGACUUCAAGAUUAAAACUGUUGAAUUGCAAGGAAAGAAGAUCAAGCUACAGAUCUGGGACACGGCGGGCCAGGAGCGCUUCCACACCAUCACCACCUCCUACUACCGAGGGGCCAUGGGCAUCAUGCUGGUCUACGACAUCACCAACGCCAAGAGCUUCGAGAACAUCAGCAAGUGGCUCAGGAACAUCGACGAGCACGCCAACGAGGAUGUGGAGAGGAUGCUGUUAGGAAACAAGUGUGACAUGGAAGAUAAAAGAGUUGUCCCUAAAGCAAAAGGUGAACAGAUUGCCAGGGAGCACGGUAUUAGGUUUUUUGAAACUAGUGCAAAAGCAAAUAUAAACAUUGAGAAGGCAUUCCUCACAUUAGCAGAAGACAUUCUUCGAAAGACCCCUGUAAAAGAGCCCAACAGUGAAAAUGUAGAUAUCAGCAGUGGCGGUGGGGUGACGGGCUGGAAGAGCAAGUGCUGCUGAACCUUCUCCUCUCUCACCAAUCGCCAUCCACCGCCCCUUUUUUCUCGCUGCAAAACAAACCACUCUGCCCGUUUUUUUAACCUCAAACCAAUGGUUUUGUUCCUCAUCUUAACCAGCUCCUGCCUCCCCUUGGUUUUCCGGCUAGGACAGCUUUUCCUCCUCCAGUUUUCUCGACACAUGUAUAGGAAAUUCAUCUCCGUGACUUCAUUUCCAUGUCCCUGCUCAGCUCACCACUACGUUUGGGUUGUAUUAUAGUCCCGUCCCUCCUGCCAUUAAACCCCAGAGCAAUCAUACUCAACUCUCUUCUGCGAAUUGUAUAAGAAUAAAGGUUAGAAUUAACAAUUGAUUUUGUACAACAGUGGAAUUUUCUGUCAUGGAUCAUGUGCUUGAGUCACCACAUUCUCUAGAUGCAUCAGGCAAGAGCCAGGAAAAACUCAUUUUCGCCUUGAGUCCGUGAGUGGGGUUUCUUUGUCCUGUGCCUUAUGUGGAAAAAGGAACUUUUAUUUUCACUUUCUUUUCUCUCUUCUGGUGGAAGCAUGUGCAGGAGACAUCCCAUCCCCCCGUGCCAUUGAGUCCUGACCUCUAUAGUGGUUGCUUUCUGUAACGUUGGUGUCAUGCAUCGAGGACAAAGGGUGGUGCAAAACAAAAGCAAACUCCAUGUAACCUGCUGUGUCUCCUCUUGCCAAUCCCGCCGUUCCCAACUCUUCCUGCUGCCAUUUUUUUUUCUCACUUUGCCGCUCUUUUUUUUUACUUUCUUUUAUUUUUUUUUUUUUGCCUGCAUGCUGCUUUGAUUUGCAUUUCUCCAUGGUGUGAUGUGUUAAUGGAAAGGAUGGCAACGCGGUGUGUUUGCCAAAAAAUUUAAUACAAAGCACUGAUUUAGCUUCCGAGGUAAAAAUGUUGAGAUUCCUACUAACCCCCCUAGGCCUGUCCGUCACUAGUGGUUCCCUCCUCCCGCGUAGCCCCGGCCUUUCCCCCCAUAUGGAAGAGUUAUUUGCAUGCACUAGUUUCUAUGGAGGGUGAUGUGGUUGUCUACUUUCUGUGUAUGAAUAUAACAUGGAUUCCCAAACUGACAGCAGUUCAUUAACACGAGCUCCCAGCUUCUGUCCCCGAGGGCUGCGGGGCCGGGCCGAGGCUGAGCGGAACUGGAUGGAAAGAGAAGGAAAGGAAAGGAAAGAAACCAGCCAGAGGGCAGUUUAAUUUAUUACCUCCCUGGAAACUUUCCACUUUCCAGUGUCCGCAGCCGCGCCGGCCGUGCCGGGCCAGCCCCGCCCGGGAUCCCGGCGGGCGAUCCCCGGCACGGAGCGGCCGUUCCGGCCUCCCUGCCGCUGUCACCCGGCCCUGCUGGCCCUGUCCUGCCACUCCUGCCGCUGUCACCCGGCCCUGCUGGCCCUGUCCUGCCUCAGGAGGGGCCCGGCACCGCCGCUGCCGAGCGCUCUCCCUGCGGGAGCAUCUGCCCCACGUGGAUCGCCGGCCGCCGAUCCCCGGCGCUGAAUCCCGGCCCCGGCGGGGAGGAAACGCCGCAGCCGCCCCGAGCCCUGCUCCGUUCCUGGGCCCCGCCUGUGCCUCGCUCCGCCCGCGGCCUUGGCACCGGGACUGGCACGGGACUGGCACGGGACUGGCACGGGACUGGCACCGCUCCGCCCUCGCCGCAGCCGCUAACGCUGAGUGAAUUUUAAUGAAAUGACGGUGUUUUAACACGGAACUCCUGGUCCGGAGCGGCUCCUUCCCGUGUGGGGACUCACCCAGGUGUCUCCCUGUCCCUCUGUAUUUGGCAUUUUGUCCCCGUGUGUGUUAACCCUUCCCAGGCGAGUGGCUGGUGAGCUGGGGCUCAGCGUUGUACAGAGUCCGGCCACUUUCGGCUAAAUCUGCACUUUCUAACGCGAUCAAAAAGGGAAAAAAAAAAAUGGCGAAAUCUACAUCAAGGGGUUUUUUUGUAUAAUCCUUGUUUUAAACGUGAGCUUUUUAUUUGCUUGCGGGGGCUCGGCUCCCUGUGUGUGACCCCUUUGUAGACGCUGUGCCCGUCGCAGGCACAGGUGGAGCCCAGGCCACUCGCUGGUGCCACUCGCUGCCGCCGCCGCCCCCUCGUCCCUCCCCGUCAAUAAAACUGAGCUGUUUCUCUCGGGUCUAUUUCUGUUCCUGUCCAAGCUGCACCCGCGGGCUCAGGCAGGGCAGGGCCGGGAGGAGGGAGCAGCUGAAUGCUGAAACAGAUAAAAAACCCCUAAAAAAAAAUUAAUAAUAAUAAUGAUCAUGUCGGAGGAGUUUGCAGUAACUUGAUGUCUGCUGGUAUCUCAACUCCCUGCUAGUUCCAGACUAACUGCUUGUGAAAGCUCUGCUUGGAGCCCCAGCCCAGCCCUGUGGAGUAGAGAAGGGCAGCGGGAGGUGUCAGCAGCCCCUCCGUGCCCCCGCCCGCGGAGGGAGCUCAGCGCUGCCCUUUUGUCACCAAAAAAAGUGUUAAACGAUGAAAUUGGUCCUGCUAAACCAAACCCGAGCUUGGCUCUGUCCCAUGGCCGUGUCACACGCCGGGGUCGCUUCGUGCCCUCGGACUCGGACGGUGGAAUAAAACAGCAUCAAGGUCUUGGAUUAAUUCCCACGCCGACAAUUUUUUACUUAAUCUUUUAAUAUUUUUGCUACUCCACUCUGGCUUUUUAUUUAAAACACAUUCUUUUGUACCACUUACUGUAUCAAAUUGUAUAAAAGAUCACUGUCCCAUUCUUGGUCGUACCAAGAGCAAAUAAAAGCUUUUAUAAACUUGCA